AUGAUAUUAGCGGUGGUGAAUGCAAUGGAUCCUAGAUUUGAUUUCUUUGAUACAAGUAUUGAACCCACUCGCUAUUUAGAAAAUACCCAUUUGUUUGAAAAAAGAGCACAACAAGCUUUACCGACUUUAAGUAAAAUGAUCAAUAGACCUCAAUAUUCAUUAUCUUUGGCUUAUACAUUAUCAGUGGCUAGCAAAUUGGGAUAUGAAGAUCUGGAUAUCAUUCGUUAUGAAUUAGACAAAGCAGGAUUUGAUGUCACUCACACUUUCCGUCCUUUUGCUUACAAAAAUAUUUGUGCAUAUGUGAUUGAAAAGGAUGAUAUGAUUUUUUUGGUAUUUCGAGGCUCGAAUCCAUUGAACAUCCAAAAUUAUUUAACCAAUAUUGAUAUUCGUAUGCGAGAUGUAUAUGCACCUUGGGGAUAUAUGGGACGUGUUCAUAAAGGUUAUUUUGAUGCUCUUGGUGAACCUACAUUACCACCAUCCACUAGUCAAAAAGAACAUCAAGCUUCUACCACAUCGUCAUCAUUCCUUCCUACCCGUCAUCAAUGGAUUCAAAAUGCUAUGGGAGAUACAUUAGGAUAUUGGAUGCAUCAAUUUUUAGAUCCUAUUGAUCAUAGAUUCCAUGCCGCUGCUGCUGCUGCUGCUGCUGUUGACAGUUCUGCCAAUCAAAAAUCAUCAUCACCAUUGCGUCAUACAAGUAUGUACAUUCAAGCAGAAUCCUAUCUUUUAUCCUUAUUACAAAACGAUCCCACUCAUCAACAUAAAAAGGUAUACAUUACUGGUCAUUCCUUAGGUGCUGCUUUAGGUACAAUGUUUUUGGCAAAAAUGGUUCAAUCUAAUAGUCCAUUAUUGCAACAUUUGGGGGGUCUCUAUGCAUAUGGUCAACCUAAAUUAGGAGAUGAUCAAUUUUCAAAGAUAUUUGAUGCAAAAUUAUCUAGCAAGAUCUUCAAUCAUACAUAUAACAAUGCAUACGAUAUCACACUUUAUCCACCUGAUCCAUAUGAAGGUACACCUGUACCUGUGAGACCAAUUUCAUAUUUACAUUUAUCUGGUUUGAUGAAUCGACAUGUCCUUCAGAGAUUACCGGAUGAGAACUGGAUUCGUAUCUUAUUCCGUGUGUUGGCGCCCUAUAUGAUCAAUGAUCAUUUUGCUUCUGAAUAUCCGAAAUGUUUACGCAGUGGUCAUGUGAAUUGGGUGAUCAUGGGGCAGAAAACCAUGUAUUCAGAUGAAGAUGAUGUGAUGAUCAAAAGAAAAAGACCUAGUGUAAAUAGAAGACGGUCAAGUAGAAUCAAUGUGGCUGAUGAAUUAUAA